GGGUGGACCAAUAAGGAAGCGGAGGCCAGGCUGGCGGCGGGUGGGGACGGUGCGCGGGAAGAGAACUUUAGGCAUUCCUAGUAGCUGCUGGGACUCGUUGUGGGUUGUAUCCCGUCCCGGUCUGGUUGUAAAACAAGCUCGGCCUCCGUGUUUAUGUACCAUGAAGUGCCUGAUCACUGGGGGCAACGUGAAGGUGCUGGGAAAGGCUGUCCAUUCGCUAUCCCGAAUCGGGGACGAGCUCUAUCUGGAACCCUUGAAAGACGGGCUCUCCUUACGGACUGUGAACUCUUCCCGUUCUGCCUAUGCCUGCUUCCUCUUUGCCCCACUCUUCUUCCAGCAGUACCAGGAGGCUUCCCCUGGUCAGGACCUGCUGCGCUGUAAGAUCCUGAUGAAGCUUUGUUGGGCCAGUGAUGGACCAGGGCCUACAUGGGAUGUAGAGCUGGUCCAUGGAAGCAGAGUGCCAGGCCGAUGUCCUACCUUGCCCAGUCCUUCCUGUCGGUCUUCCGCUCUCUGGCAACGGUGGAGAAGACUGUGGAGAAGUGCUGCAUCUCCCUCAGUGGCAGCAACAGCCACCUGGUGGUCCAGCUUCACUGCAAAUAUGGACUGUGAAUCCCUGCAGGCUGUCUUCGACCCAGCCUCAUGCCCCCACUUACUCCGCACCCCAGCACGGAUUCUGGCAGAGGCGGUUCUGUCCUUUCCCCUUGCGUUGACUGAGGUGACCCUGGGCAUUGGCCGUGGCCGACGCGUCAUCCUGCGCAGCUACCAGGAAGAGGAGGCAGAUAGCACCAGCAAGGCCAUGGUGACUGAGACGAGCAUUGGGGAGGAGGACUUCCAGCAGCUGCAUGCCCCAGAAGGGAGAGCUGUCACCUUCUGUCUCAAGGAAUUUCGGGGGCUCCUGAGCUUUGCAGAGUCUGCAAAUUUGCCUCUUACUAUCCACUUUGAUGUUCCAGGCAGGCCAGUCAUCUUUACCGUUGAGGACUCUUUGCUAGAUGCCCACUUUGUCUUGGCCACACUUUUAGAGCAAGACUCAUGUUCCCAGGACCUGUGUUCCCCAAAGCCCCACCAGCCAGUGCCUCAGAAGCAGCCACACAGCACACCCCACUCAGAUGACUUUACCAAUGAUGACAUCGACUGUUACAUGAUUGCCAUGGAAACCACCGUGGGCAACGAGAGCUCCCGGGCACAGCCUUCCACUUCCCUCCCACCUGUCCCCCAGGCCUCCCAUGACCUUGCCCCUCCCUCAGAGGAGGAGGAGGAAGAGGAGGAGGCUGAGCCUAGUACAGUGCCUGGGACUCCCCCACCCAAGAAGUUUCGUUCACUUUUCUUUGGCUCCAUCCUGGCCCCUAUACAUUCCCCCCAGGGUCCCAACCCUGUGCUGGCUGAAGACAGUGAUGGUGAAGGCUGAACUUGAGAAACUGAAGUCUGUGUCCAAAGGCUCACGGACCAGAAGCAGGCCCAGCCACAGGCAGAGUUGGGCAUUAGUCUCUGGACAUGAGAAAAGGUCUGUGCCUUGGGUAGGCCCCACUUUGGCUGUCUGCUUCAGAGCUACCUAGGCAACCAUGUUUGGUCUGUGUUCUCUAUUUACUCAGCCUAUACCAAUCAUGUCUCUUUCUGGUGCCCGGCUGUCACCUGACAGAUUCUUCACCUCUUACUUUGAGGCUCUGUAGUAUCUGUUCAGAGCCAGAAACUUAAGCUUCCUUAGGCUCACCUGCCUCUAAAAAAGAUCAGUGUUGAACACACUCUCUGCCAAUCAUGAACUCCCAUCAGACCCUUCUGUGGUCCUAACACUUGGGCCUUGGCUUAGAAUCCCAAUUGCCUCUAGACCUGACUAGCCCUGGCUGGGCCCAUGUCCAGCCACUGUCUGCCCUCCCGAGUGGCUUUGUACCAAAGGGCUGCUGGCCCACUAUCUGGGAUGAGGGAGACAAGAGGCCAUGGCGAGAAUCCAGCUUUGACAUUUAUUCAAGAGACCAGAUGGGUUGCCCCAGGAUCUGGCUGCCAGCCAUGCAAGGCUGGAGACCCACAGUCUGGUCUGCCAUUGCCCUGAGCUGCAGCCUUGGCCCCAGGAUUCCACUUGCAGCCACCACAGGUGCUGGUAGGAGGGAGACCUGGGGGAUUAGAUGCUGCUAUUGAUUCUUUAAAAAAUAAAGGAAAGACACUUAA